CUAAUCCAUGAGUGUACCGUGUCGCGCCAAGCCAGGAUGCGUGCUGAGCGGUUGGAACAGAUUCUCAGGGAAAAAGAGCCUCCGUGCACCCAGACCCAGAGAUAUCAGUGGCCUACUAAGCUCUUAAUGCGCCCACAGUCUCAAGUAGCUGAAGUGAAGAUGGUAAAGUUGCAAGAAAGGCCGAAACCAUUGGACAUGACGCUCAAGAUCAUUGGAAAUUCAGCGGUCGUCAUGAACACGGUCGCGAGAGGCCCCGAAGAAUCUGAGACCGGUCCUGAGCCGGUAGAACAGGCCCAUCCUGACUUGAGUCCAGAAGUUAAGACCCUCGAUCCAGAGAGUGUGGCAGAUGUCGAGAAUGACGCUCAGGUCCCUGAACCGUCAGUGGAUGUCCAGUCACAGACGAGCUAUUCGACACCAGUCCAAAGGCUGGCGGCAGAAUAUGUUCGGGUGAUGCGAGUCUCCGCCGAAGAACUGGACCUAGAGCCUGCUGUGUAUCUCAGGGAAGGAAAUGAUUUGAUGGCGCAGUUAAGAGACCAACUUAUCAUGCUCCCGGAAAUUGAGCAAUUGACCCCAGAAUGUAACAUCGACGAAGCUAAUGUCGGGGUUCCGGGAGUCACAACUCCAGAGAUGGAAGCCAAGAUGAGAGGGAUCCUGAAACGCCAUCGCAGCAUCUUCCUGGGAGAUGGAAACGCAGCUCCAGCUCCGGCCAGGGGCGUAGUGUGUGAUAUCGACGUUGGAGAAGCAAAACCAGUGGCCUUACGUGCGAGACAGAUUGCCGCACCGUUCUUGGUGAAAGUGUUUGAACUCUUGAAGAAAUUGUUGGAGGCAGAGCUCAUUGAGCACUCAGAGUCCGAGUGGUCCUCACCUAUUGUGAUUGUGCUGAAGAAAAACGGCAUAGACAUCCGGAUGUGCAUUGACUACCGACUUCUGAAUCUGCCCAUAAAGCUAUCUCGCUAUCCUCUACCUUUGAUCGAUGACCUACUGGUAGACUUCAAAUCCGCGAUGUCUCGACAUGGCGAGUGGAUUCUGGGCGGUGCGAAUGACUGA